AUGGCAAAAUCACCGGAAGAAGAACACCCACAGAAGGCUUUCGGGUGGGCUGCCAGAGACACUUCUGGAAUACUUUCCCCAUUUCGUUUCUCUAGAAGGGAAAAUGCUGAUGAUGAUGUAACAAUAAAGACGUGCAUUCUGUCAAGAAUGAAUGGGGGGUUCACCAACUACCCUAUUGUACCUGGGCAUGAAAUUGUCGGUGUUGUGACCAAAGCUGGGAAGAAUGUGGAGAAAUUCAAAGUAGGUGAUCGUGUAGGAGUUGGGGUCAUAGUGGGUUCCUGCAUGAAAUGUGAGACCUGCGACCAGGACUUAGAGAACUACUGCCCUCGAACAAUAUUUACCUAUAACUCACUCAAUCAUGACCGAACAAAAACUUAUGGUGGUUAUUCCGAUAUGGUUGUUGUUCACCAUCGCUAUGUGCUCCGCUUUCCAGAUAACUUAGCCCUUGAUGCGGGUGCACCACUUUUAUGUGCUGGGAUCACUGUGUACAGUCCAAUGAAAUAUUAUGGCAUGACUGAGCCUGGAAAGCAUUUGGGUGUGGCAGGACUUGGUGGGCUUGGUCAUGUGGCUGUGAAGAUUGGUAAGGCUUUUGGUUUGAAAGUGACUGUCAUCAGUUCCUCCCCAGGAAAGGAGGAUGAGGCUGUUAAGAGACUUGGAGCUGAUUCUUUUCUCCUCUCAAGUGACCCUGCAAAAUUGAAGGCAGCAAUGGGUACCAUGGAUUACAUCAUUGACACGGUGUCUGCAGUUCAUUCGCUGGCUCCAUUAAUUGGUCUACUGAAGCUGAAUGGGAAGCUGGUCACGGUGGGUUUGCCUGACAAGCCCUUGGAGUUGCCAAUCUUUCCCUUAGUUUUGGGGCGGAAGCUUGUAGGGGGAAGUGACAUAGGAGGGAUGAAAGAGACGCAGGAGAUGCUUGACUUUUGUGCCAAGCACAAUAUUACCUCAGACAUCGAGCUGAUUCGAAUGGAUUACAUUAACACUGCGAUGGAACGAAUUGCCAAAUCUGAUGUCCGGUAUCGGUUUGUGAUCGAUGUGGGGAACUCCUUGACUCAGUAG